ACAAACCGUGUAUUAUAUAAUAAUGUUUAUCAAAUACACUCUGUGUAAUAAAUUGAUAGCGUAGAUAACCUAGCCUUGGUCGGCUGUUUAUUCUACAUACCGUCGCCUAGCCGAACGGACGUGUCAAAAAUUCAAAAUGGUGCGCGUUCCAACUGUAACUUUUAAUAACGGACAGAAAAUUCCCGCCAUCGGAAUUGGCACUUGGAAGUCGAAGCCGGGCGAAGUUACUGAGGCUGUGAAAACGGCCAUAGACGUUGGCUACAGACACAUAGACUGCGCCUUUGUCUAUGGCAAUGAAAAGGAGGUUGGAGCUGCCAUCUCUGCUAAAAUCGCUGAUGGUACUGUUAAGAGAGAGGAUCUGUUCGUCACCUCCAAGCUAUGGAACACCUUCCAUCGACCGGAUCUCGUGAAGGGUGCACUCCUCAAAAGCCUGGAGAAUCUCAACCUCAAAUAUUUGGACCUCUAUCUGAUACACUGGCCUCAAGCCUACAAGGAAGAUGGCGAGUUGUUCCCUAAAACUGCUAAUGAUAGCAUAGCGUUUUCUGAUGUGGAUUAUGUGGAUACAUGGAAGGCCCUAGAACCUCUGGUCGGAGAAGGCCUUGUGAAGAGUAUAGGAGUUUCAAAUUUCAAUUCCAAGCAAAUUGCAAGACUUUUGGAGCAUGCCAGCAUCGUGCCUGUUACCAACCAGAUCGAAUGCCACCCAUACUUGAAUCAGAGACGUCUAAAAGAUUUCUGCGAGGCGCGCAAUAUUAAAAUCACUGCGUACUCUCCCCUGGGGUCUCCGGACAGACCCUGGGCCAAGCCAGACGACCCUAGCCUUUUGGAAGACCCCAAGCUUAAGGCUAUCGCUGAUAGACUAGGAAAAACUGUUGCACAAGUCUUGAUUCGUUACCAAAUCGACCGUAACAAUAUUGUUAUUCCAAAAUCGGUGACAGCGUCCCGCAUCGCGAGCAACUUCGACGUUUUCGACUUCAAACUGUCACAAGAGGACAUGUCGUUGAUCGACUCCUUCGAUUGCAAUGGACGUAUGGUGCCUAUGACUGCGUAAGUACUUAAUAUCAUAAUUUAUUAUCACUAUCAUGACCGUUAUUAUAAUCAAUAUGAUUAUCUGUAUCAUCAUUGUAAUCGUCAUCAUCAUCAGCUU